GUUGGCGUCAGUAACUCGGUAUAUAACAGGAAACAAAUGUCAGUGUACGAUCAGUUUGCUAAGGUACAACUUACAUAAGGGCAUAAUCAGAACCACACACAAGUAUAAUGCUCACAAGUAUUAAGAGAAACGUGUCGUUCGGUAAGUCAGCUAAACCGACCAACUAUGAGUCUUUCAACAUAGUAGAUGAAAUCCUGUACGAUGAUGAGACAAAUCACAGCUCAGAUGACUCGGACCACGUGAUCGCUGAAGAGCUCAAUAUUAGGCGUAUUCGGUCAACUUCGAUGCCUGGCUUGCCUCAAUGGCCUGCACAGAGAAACCAUAUGUCCCUUGUGGUGUCAUUGACCCGUUCUGAUUCUGCAAAAGUUGGCACGGACGAGGAGGACACGCAUGUUGUAAAGUUGUCUCGCAAAAUGGGCACAUACGGUUUUACCCUAGUACAGGCAGCACAUGGAAGUGACCUUGUAGUUGGGUGGAUAAAGACUCAAUCUCCCAGUUAUCAUGCCGGUCUCCGAUUUGGAGAUGUUGUCAAGCAAGUAAAUGGUUUCCAUACAGAUGAUUUUACACCCAAAUAUGCCACCAACUGCAUCACAAGUGGGCCAACAGCAGUACUGACAAUCAUGAGAAAUAAGUUUAUACAGUCAAAUACUAUCGUUGCGCGAGACGGUCGUAUUGGCGUCAGUAUUUCUAAUGGAAUGAUCACAAGUAUCGAGAAAGAUUCGGCAGCAUAUGUAACACAGCUUACAGCAGGGUACAAAGUGGUUGGGGUGAAUGGUCAGACCACGCUGCGACACAAGCAUCUGAUAAAACUUUUGCGAGUGAGUUUGCUCUGCGAUGAUGUGAUCGCCCUAAACACUAUGCCAUCUGGUCUAUUUGUUUCCAUCGUGCCUAAGCAGAAGUUAGAGGUGCAGCAAUCGAGAAAGGAUGUGGAUUUCUAAACAGUCGAACAAUCGUUAGUAGGGUAGACUGUUGUACUGUUGACUUGCAAAUUAAAUAUUAUUACAUGAUA